AUGUACGGUUCCGCCUGGUUUACACACAGCGAUUCGGGUGGAAAUCCACAGCACAAUCCGGCAGAAACUUACUAUGUGAACCAGUAUACUUCUUGCAACAUGGCAGAGUCCCCAAACGUGGCCACCAACAUGAACGUUUCGGGUGAUGUAAUGACGCCUAUGCAUCCCACGCGGGUGUACUCGUCAUUUGGCACCCCCGUGCUGAUUCUAGAACCCAUCCCUUUUGCAGCCCCUAGGCUGGCGCCAGAGGCAAUAGACGAAUCACAUGGGCUCCGAAGAUCCUCCAGGAAUUCUUCAACACGACUGCGGAGUGAUACGCAUCCGACUAGACGCAGUUUGAGAUCAUCUACUUCCCGAUCUCUGAGAAGGUCCACGAGCUCCAAUCUGCCGGAAGAGGAUAUGAGCCAAGGCGACUAUGACUAUGGAGGCUAUCGAGGCUUGAAGCGGAAUUUCAGUCGGCGCAAAGUCGAGGACGACAUAUGGAGUGAAGAUGUGCAAGCCGCGUUCGAGGAGGGAUUGGCUAUCGCGCCCAAGCAGGGUCCGUACAAAAUCAAGGUCGAUAACAAAAUCAUCGGGCGGAAUGGACUAAUAUCUGCGUAUAUUCUAGAUAAGACCGGGAAGCUCCGUUCUCGGAAGCAGGUCUCUUCCCAUAUCCAGGUUGUGAAGAACUUGGGCCAGAAUGAAGCCUUGAUCGACCUUAUAAAUAACGGUCCUAAACUCGAAACGCUUGAGGAACAAGAACAACACAAUGCUAAGGUCAUCGAGAUCUUUGAACAGGUAUUCAAAGACAAAAGUGUCGACAUCCGCGCCAGCGAAGAGAAGAGCUCCAGUCCUACGACUUCAAAUGCACACUUGACCGACAUCUCGAUGGAUUAUACCGUUUCCAACUUCGAGUUUUUUAUUCAGAGCCCUGAGUUUGGCUCCAUUUGUCUAACUAGCCAAAUCGACAUCCCAGCCACAGAGUCAAUCAUACCAAGCAUAGUCUCGGUCUUUCCAGGAAUCGAGAUGCAUUUCCAAUACCCGGCACCUAUAAUUUACAACCAGGUCCGCCUCUGCCCUAAUUUAUACAUUCAAGGUUCCGAGCUACAUACCAGAUACCAAGUCAAUCAUCCCACGGGCGGUGAUACUCAUCUCAACUGCUUCACCUCCGUGAUGUCCAUGGGUCACGAAGUGUUGAGAAUCCACGAAAAAGGCUUUGACCUCAAUUUGAGGAAAGCCUUCCUUCCAACCUUCUGGGGGUGCCUAUUCCAGAAGUCAAACCAGCUGGCAGCUUCACUUGUCCUAAUUUUCCAAGGAAUCACCAUCAAGCAAGUAUUGUACGAGCCUCUGAACGAGUGUGAUAAAUUCAUUUCACGAAGUAGUGUCAAGGCGGUGCUACUCUGGGACUUCACGGUGGUGGACAGAAUCGAAGAUGCUGUCACUAUAUCUAGAGCAGAAUUGCCUUACAUGGAGUUUUCUCAUGGUGAGCACUUCGGUCUGGACCAUAGUCUUGUGAAGAACGAAGCAGAAUCACAAGCCAUGAAGAACCUCGAUUUAAUACCCACUGGUUUGCCUGCUGUUCCUGGCGGGAUCGAAUCAGACAUGCCUCUCGAGAACGCUGCAAAACAAACCCUGAGCUUCUUUCAAGUAGUGCCCUCUUCACAGUACUGGAUUCCACCUCAUGCUAUGUAUGGUGCCGACACAAACCAUCCUUCUGUCAAUGUCGAUUUGGCCCAUGGGAACAAUGACUACCCACGAAGAAACAAUUUAUAG